CCAAGUCAUUGUGAGCUGGCUGUUCAUCCGUUAGCACUCCCAGGUUCGGUGAUCAGGGUGGCAAUGUCAGCACUAUGGCAGAAGGCAAGGGACUACAUGAAAACCAAGGAGUUCCGAGAUUAUAUAACCAGCACACACUUUUGGGGUCCCGUGGUCAACUGGGGCCUACCACUGGCUGCCAUUAAUGAUAUGAAGGCAUCGCCAAACAUCAUCAGCGGCCGCAUGACGAUAGCGCUCAUCUUGAACUCCAUGGCCUUCAUGCGCUUCGCUUAUCGCGUACAGCCUCGAAACUUGCUUCUGAUGGCGUGCCAUGGCACCAACGUGGUGGUGCAGAGUGUGCAGGCGAGCCGCUACCUAAUCUACCACUAUGGCGGUGGCAGCGCUGCAGAGGCCACUGCUGCUGCCACUGAUGCUGCCACCGCCUCCAGUGCUGUCGCUACCACUGCCUCCAGUGCUGUCGCCGCCACCACCACCACCAUUGACACCUGCCCUACAUUCUGCGACCCUGUGAUUAUCUGCUUUGACUAG